UACCAAUUCACAAAUUUAUCAAUGUCAGACCCUAGUUAUGCAAUUGCAAAGGCUGUGGCUGCUACAGCCGGAGCAAUGUUACUUAUUGCAGGGAUUUUCUUUUACUUGUUCCAAAAAUAUGCACUUGCUACGUACCCCAAGAGGAACAAAUUUCCAUGUGAUUAUGAGGGUAUAAGGAAACUUGUUGGCGGCAAUGUGAAGGGACUAAUUAUGGAAGAAAAUGGGGUUGAUGUUCUUUACAUGUUGGACACUGGAGGCAAAGAGUUGGUAACGCGAUUCACAAGUAGUAGCUUCAAUCCUAGUUUUGAAGAUCAUGAUUUAGAACAAGAAAAGAGAAUUGAUGUUGUGGUCCAAAGAUCCAAAAUAUCAAAGCCUAAGAUGAUUCUAGAACCUCCACUUCCUCCACUAUCACAAGCUUCACCAAGAAUUGAUCAAGAGAAGCAAACUCAACCAUCACCUCCUCCUCUGCCUCCACCUCCUCCUCCACCACCGCCUCCUCUCCCUCCACUACCACCGCCGCCGGCACCAAAGGCAGUGCCACCUGGUCCACCUCCACCUCCAAAGGCUGGUGGCUUCAGUGCAUCAUCCUUGAAGCCCCCACCUGUGCCUAAAGGGAAACCAAACAGCCAAAGAACCAAAGAGGGUAUUCUAGGAGAGAGCUCAAGAGAGAAGAAGGGUGCCGGCGAAACAAGGCUUAAGCCUCUACAUUGGGAUAAAGUUAUGGCUAAUGUUGAUCAUUCAACAGUGUGGGAUCAGAUCAACGACGGUUCUUUUAGCUCGUUGUGGCAAUGA